GGUGUUCAGUUGUAGAAAUGGCAGCGCUGAGACAGGAGCGUCGCUACGGGCUGUCCUGCGGCAAAAUCAACAAAAACAGCCCCAAUCGAACUCUUUACCACGUCAAACUCACUGACACCGCCAUCCGGACCCUCGAAACCUACCAGAACUUGAAGGCCUCACUACCCAAUCAGACAUCCAUUUGCUUCAAGGGAAGCCAGGGGUAUAUUAAGAUCCCGACUUCGGACUCUCCAGAUGGAUUCAGAGUCUUCUCGUUCUACCUGUCCAGCGACAGCAAAGACAAACCUCAGUCCAGCUUCGACUGCAUUCAUCAGUUUGUUUCAGGAGAGGGCAAGGAUCAGCUGGAGGGCCAGGGCAGUAUCCAGGACAAGAUCACGGUUUGUGCCACGGAUGACUCCUACCAGGCCACACGGGAGCGCAUGUCCCAGGUGGAGAAGGACAUCUGGAGCCGCUCAGCUAUCGAGAUAAAACCAGGGCCAAGUAAGUGCAUUAAGGUCCAGAGGAAACAGGGUCUGGUUUCUGGCUCAGAUAGCAGCAACAAGCACUCCCCCAGCAAUAAGAGGAGCCUAGUUGCCAGCCCUGUGGCACACCGGCCCUUGAGGGACCGCAUCAUCCAUCUCUUGGCCUUAAAACCCUACAAGAAACCUGAGCUACUGCUGUGGUUGGAGAGAGAACGGGCCAGUCCAAAGGACAAGACUGACCUGACCUUAGUACUGGAUGAGGUUGGCAAGCUGAACCUUAAAGACAACAGCUAUUCUCUGAAGGAUGAGCUCUAUAGACAUGUCCAGAGAGAUUGGCCUGGUUAUCUGGAGGAGGAGAAGCAACUCAUUCACAGGCUGCUAAUCAGGAAGCUUCAGCCACUCCACAGCAGUAGCCAGUUGAAAAGUCCCCAAGCCCACCAGUCAUUCCACAAAACACCCGGGGAUUCUCCUUCCCAACUCAGUCCUGCAAAGACGCUUUCUGUGAAACGCCCUCUGCCUUUGGAUCCAUCCAACUGUCAAACCCCCAAAAAACAAAGACUAACAGACCACUGCUUGCCACGGCAGUCUCCCUCCCACGGCACCAAUGGGGCCCAAAAUGCCUCCGGCGGCCCACACGACAAAACCAACAAUCAUCUCCCGGCGUGUCUGAACGGUCUGCACUCGCCCCACAAAAUGAGCGGUUCGUCUACUACUCCCAAAGCGGAGAGGACAGAGCCGUCUUCUAAGCCGCUAACCCCCAAGUCCCCGCACAUCGACACAUUGUCGGUUUGCGCUGACCAACAACUGCCCAACGGUCAACAUAAAAAGAAGAAGUCCAAAAAGCACAAAGAGAAGGAACGGGAGCGCUUAAAACCGGAGUGGAUGGAGACCAGCCCAGAUUUGAAGAAGAACCAAGAAAAUCUCAAAGGAGAGAAAACACCUGUCAGACGAACCACAAAAGAGGACCUGCCGGACUAUUUAUUAAAAUACAGCUCAAUUACAGCAGUGGAACAACGUGAGCAAUACAAAGAUGACUUCUGUUCCGAGUAUGACGAAUACAGAGCUCUUCACGACCGCAUCGGGGCCAUCACGGAGAUGUUUGUUCAGUUAGGCUCAAAGAUCAACACGCUUGCCCCGGGGACGCAAGAGUACAAGCUCAUGGAGGAGCAAAUACUACAAAAGUACCGAAAGUAUAAGAAGAAAUUUCCCGGCUACAGGGAAGAGAAGAAGCGUUGCGAGUACCUCCAUCAGAAACUGUCCCAUAUCAAAGGUCUGAUCUCAGACUACGACCGGGCGCGGGAGCUCUCCUAGUACAAAUGGCGGCUACUCUCGAAACAGACUGAAAUGAGAAUGGACCAAAAGACUCGCAGCGGGCCCAGAGACAGACCAGCUGGGUGCUACAGUCGCUGAAACAUGACUCACUUUACACCUCCGUGUGUUCAUGGAAUCAAGGAGCAAGGUGGUUUCAAAGGUGGGACCCGGACCAGUGACUCGAGAUCAAAAGUUGGCCUUUAACGUGAUGCUUUUAGUGCUGUAAAGGCAGCAAAUUGUCCUGCUGUAAACUGACUGGGCAGAUGUGCAAGUGAAAGCCAAAUCUUAUUGUUGUUGUUUUCCUGAAUUCUAUAAUUGAUCGUUCCUGCCAAAAUGUUUUAUUCUAUUCUUUCUCAUGCCAGAGAGCAAUUGACUUUAUGAAACGUAUUAUAUUGAUGGUACAAUCAGUCUUGGGGGAAAACAAAUGCUACUAGUAUGUACGUGUCAAGCAGAGGAAUCCCUUUACUUGCUGUUUGCUGACAUGACACAUUCAGUCACUUUAUUAAUUAAUGACAAACUUACCAGAUUGAGUUGUUCUUAUGACUUCAAAACAAAGGCAAUGCAAAACUUGCCACCUAACACUAAUAUUUCCGCAGCAGUGAGACCCUACAAAGUUGUAUCGAGAUAAAUCAAUGCCUUGAGAUACGAGUGGCCCGACUGUAGACAUUCAAUAUAACAGUACUCACAAUCAUAUACUGUAUUCUUUAUCCUCUGCGAGGAGCUGAGAUGUCUAUACUGUACAGACAUCCAUUUACACUAUUAUCAGUCUAGCUGUCUUAUACCGCCCCCAGGUGGCCAAGCACAAUGGCCAUUCAAUUAAUGCAAAGUGUGGGGGGAAAAAAAACUUUGAUUCUAUUAAAUUAUGUAUGUCAUUAACGUGUGUCUUUUUAUAAAGUGCAAAAUUAUAGAGCGCUAUUUUUCUCUUUAAAAAAAAAAAAAAAACAUUACCCACUUUUAUUUUAUUUUUUUUCCCCCAGAGAGGAUGUAAUGGAUUGAUGGCAUUUCCGUUGAUUUCAAUAGGGAAAGAGGAUUUGCAUUACGAGCGUGGCCACAGAAUAAAUUAAACUCGUAUCUCAAGGCACCACUGUGUUUGCUAGUUUGUGAUAGGGAAUAUCAUCAUGUUGAUUUGUACUUGAAAUCAACAAAAUCUGUCCUAAGUUUACUCUCAAGCUUAGUGUCAGCCACAUCCACAUCAUGUGGCCACCAUGAAUUGCCUUUUUUUUUUUUUUCCUUGUAUAACACAAACACAUCAGCUCUCGCUUAUCCCUCGUCUCCUGCUAUCAACAAGUUUGUUUACUGGCACACAGUUACGCUAUGAUACAAGUCAAGCCCUGUUUAUCUGUGUAAAGAUUGUUUGCCAUUUCUCAACUCACGGAAGUGAAGCGUUUUGUCCGGAAUUUAGUUGAAUGGCGGACAUCAGCUGAAUGUGACGCCUUAUCACGCAAAAAUUGGGACUGUAGACAGGACGGCACUCAGUUCAAAGCGCAAUAGGUUUAAUUGGGUGUAAGGAGCAGGCUGACCUCUAAGAGGUGCGAUCAGGCUCCGGUGUUUUUUAUGCUCAGCAGGACAUUUUAAAUGCUCAUUACUGUAUUUAAUCUUGACAUGAGGCAGCCUGAAAUGUUGGCAUCAGAUCGGGAGUGCUUUCCAAACCUGUUUCAAUAUUGCAUUUGUCUUAAUGAUAGCUUAGGAUGGGGAAAGACAAGCUAGCCUUAACAUGCACAUCAGAUUUCCAAAAUUCUGGCAUCUCUGUCCUGAAACAACCCGGUUUCAAGUGUUCUCAUAUUACUGGUUUGGAUAAAAAGUUUGAAGGUUCAUUUACAAACUGCAUAGUUAGAUGGAAGUUUUAAUUUCUCUGUACGUUUUCUCUCUCUGGUUGUUGUGACUCAUAAUCUGACGCAAUAUUCUCAACGUAAAGAGUUUUUUGCUUUCCGUCCAAUCCUGUCAAAACGCAUUAUUUCUGCAGAAACGUACAUAACGUACUUUUUUUUUUACACUAACAUUCUCAUUCAAGUAAUCAGACCCACAGUUUACAGGAGCUAUAAAGUCUACACACCCUUGUUCAAAUGCUAUUGUGAUAUAUAUAUAUAUAUAUAUAUAUAUAUUUAAAAUUGUAUUUAUUUUUAAAUCACUCUACUAUCAAUCAGGAGAAGGGUACAAAAGAAUUUCCAAGGCAUUAAAUAUGGUCAGGGAUGCUGCCAAGAGGUCGACCAAAACAUUUGAAAGAGCUGCAGGAAUUUCCGGCGAGUGCGGGCUGUUUAGUACAUGUGAUAACAAUCACCUGUCUUACAUAUGUCUGGUCUGUGGGGGUACGGUUGCAAGACGGAAGCCUUAUCUUACAAACAAAGUCAUUGGAAGAUAAGGCUGCAUUCUGCAAAAACCAACUUGAAAUCUCCCAAGCAUUUGUGGGAAAUGUAUGCUAUAGUCUGAUAUAACAUUCCAAACACAACACUUUUAAUCCCCAAAAGAUAACCCUUCCUACAGUGAAGCAUGGUGGUGGACGAAUUUUUCUUCACUUGGCACUUGGGCCUUAAUCAACAUGGAGGCAAAUAUGAACAGUUCCAAAUACUAGUCAACUUUCAGGCUUGUGCUCGAAAGCUUACUAGAACAUCAGAACUUCAUUUGGGGUUAAUCAGAGGCACUUUCAACUGUAGUAUGUUUUUACUUUGAAUGCCAUUGAUGAAUUCUGAACUCAACCACAUCCCCAGUCAUGAGGGUGCACACUUGUGCAUUCACAUUACCUUAAGCUAAUUUACCUUCCCUUCUUGAAACAGUUUCUUUUUUAUCAAUUGAGUUGGACAGGUUAUUGGUCAUAAUGCUGGAUGACUUAUCUUGGUUUUAAUUUUUUUUAUAGCACAAAAACUUUCCAUUUUACAGAGCUGUCUAGACUUUUUAUAUUCACUGUAUAUACUGGAGGGUUUUUUUCCAUGUUGGUUUUUAGUUUUGGGAUAUUUGAAGAAUGUGGGACUUGUGUCUCGGCACAUAUGAAAAUGAAAGAAUAUUUAUUAGCGCUGAUAAUUAAUCCUGAUUAUAGCAUAUUAUUUGGAAUGAGAUUGGAUCCAUGUAGCAUAUUUCCUAUCAACAUUGACUCUGCUGUGCUGGCACUCAAAAUUAUUGUGGUUCAUUUCUUAAUAAAGAACAGUGUACAGUCAGCUCAGAAGACAAUUUAUUAAUAUUCCACAAAAUGUUUUUCAUUCAAAACAGAAUGGUACUUACACAUUUGACGCAAAACUAAGAGGAAAUCAUCAUUUCCAUCAACCACUCAAGGAAAUUUAGUUCAAUACAUGUGUAAUUAAAGUGCAAGAUUACUCAGUAAUUAUAAGAGAAUCCAAGAUUGUACCAUGUUGGUUUUGUGAGAACUGAUGAAGGAAUGUUUUUUUUUUUUUUUUUAAUUACUCCUCAGCAGCACAAUACAAAAGGUGCCUUUUCAUUGACAAGGAAAUUCAAGAACUUGGGUCUGUAGUUUCACACUGUUGCCACUAUAAAAGUGCUAUGUUGUUGAGUACUGAAGUUAAUAUCAGAUGCCUUGUCAAAUGCAAUAAGAGCACCAGGUUUAGAGAGAAGCCUUCCAGCAUUUAAAACAAAUGUUAUACAGUGACUAAUGUAAGGAAUUAGCAUACAUACAUUUUCAAAACAAUAGAAUGAGCCCUGAGUUUUGUUAUUUCUGCCUAGGAAACGCUUUAGUUUUCUCCACAUUGGUUACAGGUGUGCUUUUUUGGUACUGGAAUGACAUUGACACAAUGAAAUGUGAAGUUAAAUAUUUUGUCUAUCGUAAAUCCCUGCAAAUGAUCUACCGAGGAGAACAAAUGUCUUAUUUAUUUCUGUAUGUUAUUUUGUUGUUCUUUCACGGGAUUUCUCUUUGCAUAGUCAUUUGUUUUCUUUCUACAGUAAAACCUGCAAGUAUGGUGAAAGGGAAAUGGAAUAUAUUUUUGCAAUUUUUGAUGGCGAGUGUGUUAUGCAAAUGUCAUCCUCAUGAGAAAAGAAAAAGCUUUCAGGAAAACAAAUGUAUUGUUGUCUCAUGAAAAAUUGCAAAUAAAGUUAUUUUCAAUGCA